GUUGGUGGUUAACGGACACGUAGGAAAAAGAGCUCGCCCCAGGCUGCCGGCGGAGAGGAGCCCCGGGGAGUGCGCGCAAAGCAGGUUUGCUCUGAAAGCAGGACACUGCCUGGGGCGCCUGGCUUGUAGCCCGGGGGCGGGACGCUGCGGCCGUUCCCGCCCCCGAGUCGCUGCCACCUCCUGGCUGCGUCCCAGCCCAGUAGCUCAGUCUUGGCCGCAUCCCCGUGGACUCUAGAGGCGGUAGCGAGCUAGAGCCCGAGUCGCAGCUCCCGGCCGCAGAGCGCUGGGCGAGCGCGAGCGCGAGGGACCAAGCAGGGCGGGCAGCUGCGCGCGCGGCUGGUGUCAAACGGCACGUAGCAGUAUUAUGUGCCCAGACCAGAGUGGAUUUGUGUCCUUCAGUCACUCCUAGUUGUAAAAAUGUGAUGUUGACCUAGAGUUGUGUGCUUGGUUGGAGAAGAGAGUUCAGAGAUGUUUAGAGUCGUGCUAUACUGAAAAGACACCCAAUCAAGAGAACUCUGGGAGAAGCCAGAAACCCUGUCCCAGGUACAGAAAAGAAAAAGAAAGAAAGUUAACCAGAAUUUCUUCUUAAACCUGUCUCAGAAUAAACGCAACAUAUUUGAAACAGAGAUUUCACCUGUGCCACAGGCUACCAUGGAUGUGCACUUCAAUACCCUUCAGAGUCAGGAGAGCAAAAGCAACAGCGGCUCAGGAAGCAACAGCAGAGACCAGAAAGAUCUUGCUAUGAGGACAGAUUCAUCAAAAAUGACUGAUGUGGAGCCUGGGGUCACCAAUUUUGCAUCUUCAGCAAGGGCAGGACGCCGGAAUGCUUUACCAGACAUCCAGAGUUUAGUUGCCACAGGCGGAACCUCAGAUUUGCCCCUCAAACUGGAGGCUCUCUCCGUGAAGGAAGAUGUAAAGAAGAAAGAUGAAGAAACAACACAAGACAAAUUGGAAAAGCCUCAAAAUGAAGGAAAUGAAAGCUCGUAAUCUAUCAAGAGUGCUGAAUUUCCGCAUGUUGACUUAGUGGUUCUGUUUUCCUGAGUUAUUUAAUCUGGUGGCAACUAUAAUAACAUUGCAUCCCUAAGCAGCAUGUGUAUAUUAGAUAAUUGUGUUGUGAAACUACUCACUUGGAUUGCAAUGAUGAUGUCCAAUGUGUAGGGUAUUAAAAGGCAGGGAACUUCCACAUCUUGCCGAAGGAAAACGGCAAGAAUAAUACACAAUCACACAAAUACAUACCUUCAUCUAAAUCCAACAAAAUUCACUGUUCUCUUUUGCAUUUAUUUAGCCAGAUGUAUUUUUAGUUCAAUUUUUAUGGUGAUGGGCAAAUCAUUUCUUGGUAAAUGUAAAUCAAACACCUUUGAUUUAAAACUUUAUGGAAUUUGUAGGAAAUUAUGUGUUUGUUUUUUUUUUUUUUUUUUUUUUUGGUGAGAAGGAACAAUAGUCAAAAUUCACAUGGAUAGAGUGUGUUUGGUUUUAGCUAAAAAUACCCCAGAUUUUUUCCCAAACCUCAAAAGAGAUUUGGAAAAAUUAUAAAAGUUUGAUAAUGGAAACAUCUUUAGAAUGUUUUUGUCUGACAUAUUUUGCUUCUAGUAUGUGCCUACUGUGAUUUUUUCAUGCGGGAAAUUCAAAAUUUGUAACAAAAUGAUUAUAUGGAACAUGCCUAUUAAAUGAAUUUUACUAUCUUCCUUAA